GGCCCUACAUCACUCCACACAUGUUCCGCAUAUUUUCUAGCUAUCAACUUCUUUCUUCACUUUUUUCUUCGCCUCACCUCACCUCACUUCACUUCACUUCACCUGAAACUCCAAUGUCAACACGCAUCAUUUCAUUUCCCCCUCUACACAUAUAACCGAAUUUCCAUCUUCACUUCACGUCACGUCACCUUCAUCACAUCCAUCACAUCCCAUCACACCCACGCACCAAACUCCAACCUUCACUCCUACUUCCCCGCACCAGCUCCCGCCAAAAGAAAUUCACUUCCCUUCACCUUUCAAAUCACGCCACCCCACCGGAAACGAACGCCACAAAUCGAAAUUCACUCCAUCUCUUCUUCUUAUCUACGUCUCGCUAGUACGAGUCCUUCAUCGAUCUUAGUGUUUCCCCUCAGUCGCGCAUGUGUCGAUACGGUCUUGUUCUUCACUCUUAUUUUUUCCAUCAUAAAAGAAUCUUUUUGUGACUCGGUCUUUCUAUUCUUCUUCUUCAUUACAACUUCAUUACAACUUUCCAUACAAUUGCAAAAGAGACCAGGAACGAAUCCAGAUUGGCAAGUCACGACAAACUCGAAAAUUUUCCCAUCUCACCCACUUGCCAAACUUCAACAAUUAUCUUUGCACCGUGAUAAGAGUUGUCAGAAUUUGGAUUUUAUCAUCUUAUCAUAGCAACUUAACUUAUCCUGCCUAUCCAUACUUUGACAAAAACAAGAAACAAUAAAAUACAAACAAAAUCAAAAUGGCGGUCCCAAGAGGACAACGAUCUUAUCUUCCCUCUCCACCAGCCUCUCCCUCGGAACAAAAACCACGUCCACUUCCUCUUCCAACAGAGAUGACAAGGUAUAAAACUUGGCAGAUAGCUCGCUCGAGUUCCAUGAAUGUCAAGAGUGUACCAGUCCCACCUCUAGGGCGUCGAUCAGCGACAGCUCCUGUGAUCGGUACCACCUCCAAUCAAUUCAAACACUAUGACCGGAGUUCAUCAACCGAACCCGAAACUGUCCCAGAGUCCGUAGUGCAACCCGAAGUGCCAAGUCGGUACACUACGUCGUACUACCAUAUCCUUGGAUUGCCAGAGAGUCCGGAUAUUACCACCAAGGAGAUUGAAGAGGCUUAUCAAAACCUCGGUGAGAUUUCCCUCCUUUUCAUUCAAUCCUAUAAUUACCCUUCAAACAAUUCCGAUUCACUUGGCUCCAAACACAAGCAACCCAAACUAACAACCUCCACAGUAUCAAAUCCAUCUUCCCAUCCAUCACACGGUUAUGAAAAUCUUGAGCAAAUUCGUAAAACGCUCACUAGCUCUGUUAGGCGACGCACCUACGACCGUGGCCGUCGUGCUCACUCACUUCAGGAAUCUCAACUAAACAAUCGAGAGCGUUUCGAAAAGUUGAACAAUGACUUUGACAAGAUUUCCAAAGCUCACAAGACCAUUACUCAGGAUGUCAAAGCCUUCACCGAGAAUGCGGAAAUGAAAAGACUAGAGAGCGAGUUGAGAAUGGCGAAAAAGGAGGUGGCGGCAACUAUUAAAAGAGAGGUCAAGGUCAUGGGAUUGAGCAUGAGUUUGGAUGGGUUAGAUGAAGAAGAGGGAGUACCUUGGGAGGAAAUGGAUUUUGGUACCAAGAGUUCCCAAAUUGUUGGGGAAAGAUUGGGUCUCGAAUUCGAAUUCAACGGUUCUGGUAGUGAGGACGAUUCCGGUGAUGAGAAUGGAUCCACAGGAACAUUUUCGGACAGAGAGGAAGAACGAAGACAUCCUCGAAUGUCCGAAGAGUCUGAACAAAUUAAAAGACUUGAGGAAUUCGAAGAAUUGCCUGUAUCUGCGAUCACAGGACUGUUUCCAAUGCUUUCUUCUUCUGAACUUGAAAAGGCUCGGAUCACCCCAGAGAUGAUUUCCAACAAUGAUCAAGAGGGGUUGGAUGACAAGGACGAAAGACUGCCUGCGUCUGAAGAAGCAGCACCGAAUCUUCUGGAAAUAAUGUCAAAGAAUGUCAGAAAGAUAUCAGAGGCUAAGGAAGCGGAUGAGAAGAUCCUAAACAUCCCAGAAACGACUGCAGAGAUAAUGCCUAAGUCCAACUCCAACAAGGAACCUAUUAGAACGGAAGAAGAUACACAGGAGAUCACGAAACCUCCCAAAAUUGCCACAAACACCAGCCCACCAACCUCGCCACCGCCCAUCCAAACAGAUCUCCCCGACAUCCUCAGCAUCGUCGAACUCCUCUACCCAACACCCCCUCCCACCCCAAAAGCCAACCCGAAGAAGAAAAACAUUUCCCGCAAAGAAAUCUGGGAAUUCGACUACAACUCUGAUUCGGAUUCCGAAUGCGAAUGCGACUCUGAUCCCGACACCGAGCAUUCCCCAGAGGAACCAAAAAUCCUUCCCUCCUACGCACGCCCCAUUUCCCUUCCCACAGCGCAAUUGGAAACCCCCGAACUCCACGAACUCCCCGGUUCCGAAAUCUGGGAACUCGACUACCCCAACACCAACCCCUCCUCCUCCUCCCCAAACACCCAAGACGAAGAAGACGAGGAAGAACGCCACGAAACCAUAAUUCUCUCCCUCCAGUUCCUCAUUGUUUUUUCCCUCGCAACCGCUGCUUGGGGUUGGUUUGGCGGGGGGUGGGUUCUGAAUUUGUUUUUGAAUUCGGGUUGAUCUUGGAUCUUGGAUCUUGGAGAAACUUCAUCCAUGUUUUCUAUUUCUUAGUGUUAGGGGAAAGGGAAGAGAGAGAAGAGGGGGGAGAUGUACUUUUUCUUCUUUUUCGGAAAAUGAGAUGGAUGGGAUGGGAUUGAACGGAAGGGAAUGGAGUGAAAUGGAACGAACCAAAUCAGACGUUACAGUCGGAAGAAAGAGGAUGUCAGUGAAUUGGUCGAGACGGGGUAAAUGAGAACCGAAGGAAUGAAGAAACGAGGCGAACAAAUCACAUGAGUUACCCAGGUAUGCCCGCCAGGAGAGAAUGAAAAUACACAAACCAGAGCAGGUAGAAACCUACAAAAUGCUGCAGAAUUGUGUAAUUUGCGUUUUGCAUAUCUAUCGCAGAUUGCAUAUCGCAUAUCAAGCAAACAGUUACCUAUUACCUACUUACUCACUACUUACUCAUUUUGCCUAGCUUUUAUGCUUUCAAAUUUGCUUACCUAGAUAGAUUUGCUGGGCUGAGCCUCGCUACAUAGAUGGAUAGAUAGAUAGGUUGGCUAGAAGUGAGCAUAUGAAUAACCACGGCCAAUACAAUAUCAAUAAUGAACUCAUUCACA